AUGGCAUUCGAAUUUCUCUCACUCCCGUGCGAGAUCCGCGUUGAUAUCUAUCAAUUUGUGUUUGGUUCUGGCAAGACAAUUAUGGAAGCCAAGAAUGAGGAUGACAAUUCAUGUUUGAUUCCGCAAGGCAGCAAAUUACGGAAUCCUGUUCAGAGGUCAUCUCAACUGCUGCGAGUAAGCAGGGCUAUUCUCGACGAGGCUCGGCCGAUUUUAUAUGCCAAUACGACCUUCCACAUCCUAUCCAGUGGAUUCGCUGGAAAACUGCCACUGAGGAUCACUGGCGGUCACCCUUCGGGUUUAUACCUCAAGAACUGGAUCUGGCAGCUGGAUUGUGAUAUGUUGAUGCACCAUUAUCCCGAAGACCUCUGUUUGGAUACUGCCCAGGCAGGCGAAUGGAAUAGUCUCGAAUUGCGCUGUCGAGCCGAGUCGUGGAGAGAUUCAUUCCUUGGAGAAUGGUGCGACCGUGAGGCUUUCAUCACUGGACGUGAGCAAGUGAUCAACUAUGCUCGAGCUUUAGUACUUGCGAUGAGCGAUCCUAGUUGCGCGGAGGUGGACUUGGUGGAGGAUCGAUCACAACUCGGCCGCGGUAGGGUGAUUGUGAAGCUCAUCCGGCGGCGAGCAAACCUGAAGACACGGGACCGUCAGACAGACCAUUUACCGAUCGUCAACGCA